AUGAAAGCUUGGAACAAACUUUGGCCAAAGCCAGCUAUUAAUGAGAACGAAAAUAACGAGGGACCUGAACCUGAGCUUCUUGAAGAAACCGCCGAUCUUUGCAAUGUAAUUCCUGGCUUUGAAGAGUGUGACCCGGCUGAUGCAACAGAGUGGCUCAACAGUGAUAUUAAUGAGCAUGGUUACCAAAUCUACAAUGAAAACGAGAUCCUGCCUCUUGUCACGGAAGUCAACGAACCAGAAGACAGCAGUGAUGAUAAAUACGCUAUUGAUUCGGGCCCAUCCCAUGCCGAUGCGUUCAGUGCUCUUGAAACGGCAAUGAACUGGUACGAAAAACAACCUGAAUGCUGUUUACUUCAGUUGAUCACGCUAAAGAAAAUUCGUGAUUUAGCAGCCAAAAAACGUUCUUCAACUUUAGUUCAGAAAAAAAUUAGUGACUAUUUUUCGAAUGUUCUUUGUUGA